AAGUAUAUUAGUGUUAAUUUCCCCGUGUUCAUCCUACCUUUCUCUUCUAUCAACUCCCACAAGCCUUUGGCACAAUGAAGUGGGUAACUUUUAUUUCCCUUCUCUUUCUCUUCAGCUCUGCUUAUUCUAGGGGCAUGGUUCGUCGAGAGGCAGACAAGAGUGAGAUUGCUCAUCGGUUCAAGGAUUUGGGAGAAGAAAAUUUCAGAGGCCUGGCACUGGCUACCUUUUCUCAGUAUCUCCAGAAGAACUCAUUUGAUGACCUUGUAAAAUUAGUGACUGAAGUAACUGAGUUGGCAAAAACAUGUGUUGCUGAUGAGGCGGCUGAAAACUGUGGCAAGUCACUUCACACUCUUUUGGGAGAUAAAGCAUGUUCAGUUGGAUCUCUUCGUGAACUCUAUGGUGAACUGGCUGACUGCUGUGGGAAGCAAGAACCUGAGAGAAACCAAUGCUUCCUGAAACAUAAAGAUGAUAACCCAGAUCUCCCUCCAUUCGCGAGACCAGAGGUUGCUGUCAUCUGUGCUUCCUUUCAGGAAAAUGAGGAGAAGUUUUUGGGACACUACUUAUAUGAAAUUUCCAGAAGAAAUCCUUUCUUUUAUGCUCCAGAGCUCAUUCACUACACUCACAGAUAUAAAGAUGCUUUGAAAGAAUGCUGCUCAGCUGAAGAUAAAGCUGCCUGUCUGGCACCAAAGUUGGAAAAGUUGAAGGAGAAAGUAUUGUUUUCAGCUGCCAAACAGAGAUUGAAGUGUUCCAAUUUAGAAAAAUUUGGAGAAAGGCCUUUCAAAGCAUGGGCAGUAGCUACUAUCACCCAGAGCUUUUCCCAUGCUGACUUUGCAGAAAUUACCAAGCUAGUGACAGAUUAUACCAAAAUCAACCAGGAAUGCUGCCAAGGUGACCUGCUCAAAUGUGCAGAUGACCGGGAGGAUCUUGUCAAGUAUAUAUGUGAAAAUCAAGGCUCAAUCUCCAAUAAACUCAAGCAAUGCUGUGAUAAACCCUUGUUGGAAAAAUCCCACUGUAUUCUUGAAAUAGAAAAAGAUGACUUGAUUGCUGACCUGCCUGCAUUAACUACUGAUUUUGCUGAUGACAAAGAAGUUUGCAAACACUAUGCUGAGGCGAAAGAUGUCUUCUUGGGCACGUUUUUGUAUGAGCUCUCAAGAAGGCACCUUGACUUCCCUAUCACAUUGCUGUUGAGACUUGCUAAGAUAUACGAAGCCAAACUAGAGAAAUGCUGUGCCACCGCUGAUCCUCAUGCAUGCUAUUCCAAAGUGUUUGAUGAAUUUCAACCUAUUAUUGAUGAGCCGAAGAAUUUAGUCAAACACAACUGUGAACUUUUUGAACAGCAUGGAGAUUAUGGCUUCACAAAUCUGCUCCUAAUACGUUACACCAAGAAAUUCCCUGAGGUAUCAGCUCCAACUCUUGUGGACAUCUCAAGAAGACUAGGAAAAACAGGCACCCGGUGUUGUAAGAAACCUGAAUCAGAGAGACUGUCUUGUGUUGAGGAGUAUCUGAACUUGAUCCUGAACCGUCUGUGUGUGCUGCAUGAGAAGACACCAGUGAGUGAACAGGUCACCAAAUGUUGCACGGAGUCCUUGGUGAACAGGCGACCAUGCUUUUCUGCUCUGCCACCUAAGGAAGAUUAUGUUCCCAAAGAAUUUAACCUUGCAACAUUCACAUUCCAUGCAGAUAUAUGUGAACUUUCUGAGGAAGAGAAACAAAUUAAGAAACAAGUCGUACUUGUUGAGGUGUUGAAGCACAAGCCCAAGGCAACAGAUGAACAACUCAAAACUGUUAAGGAAAAAGUCACAGGUUUUCUAGACAAAUGCUGCCAUGCUGUAAACAAGGAAGCUUGUUUUACUGCGGAGGGUACAACAUUCACUGAUGAAAUUCGAGCUCUUCUAGUUUAAAAACAACACAAUCACAAGCUUCCUAGCCUACCCUGAAAAUAAGACAGAGAUGAACACUCAGAGCUUUCUCAACUGUUUUUCUUUUCUGUUGAUGUAACACCGACACCCUAAGAAACAGAAAUUUCUUUGAAUAUUUUGUUUCUUUUCUUUAUGCUGCAAUUAAUAAAAAUGAAAAGAAUCUAA